UGCAGUGUGCAAACAAGAUAUUGACAGUGUAGGGCUGAUUAAUAAAACUUGAACAAAUUAAUAUUAAUACAGUAAUACAGACGAUAAGAGAUUUCAAAGAGAUACAUCUGGAAAUAUCUGUUAUGGAUCUCAGCGCUGGAAUGAAAAAGAUGUCUGUGGCGCCGGAGUCAGCAGGAAGAGGUGUGCCUUGUUUGAGAUGUAAAGGGAUCUGCACUGGAUUCCAGCCACAUUCUUGGAGGAAGCUAUGCCAGGUAUGCCGCUGCUGCCCGGAGGAUCACGACCUGUACUCGGACGCCGAGGACGAUCGGAAAAUUGGCCUCUUACUGACGGACUCCAAGAAUUCUAACCUGACGGCCCGGGUGAAGGGCGGGGAGGGGGGGCGGAUUUACAAGAGGAACCGGAUGAUCAUCACAAACCCCAUAGUGUCCAGGAAAGACCCCACCUUUGAUACCAUAACCUACGAGUGGGCCCCCCCAGGACUGACUCAGAAACUGGCUAUUCUCUACAUGGAGCUGAUUCCCAAAGAAAUGCAGCCUGUGGCGGGGACAGAGGGGGCUUACCACAGACGCAGGCAGCUACUGAGACAGCUACCUGUGUACGACCUGGACCCCGCCCAGUGCCUUGGCCUGUCGGAAGGGGAGGUCGGAGCCAUGGAGGAGUUUGUCAAGUUGUAUAAACAAGACGCACUUGGCGUUGGGGAGGUAGCACUCCCCGGAGAGGCUGGCACUUCCAAAGACGAGGGCAAGCAACCCCAAAAGAAUGGCAAGAAGACCCCACAGGAAACCUCCUCUGCACCAAACGGGACUGCCACAGACUGUAACCAGAAAAGUGAAUACGUAUUCAACAUCCAGCUUCUGAUUUCUGUCAAGCCACAUGUUCUCAUCAACAUCACAGAGAAUGUUUUCUUGGACAUACAUCUCGGACAUGCAUCUGCAGUGAUGUCUUGACAUGCUUCCUCCAUGGCCUGGAGAAGUGUUGCCUGCUCAUGGGGAUUACGGUCAGACACUUUCCAGCGUCAGGCGGAAAACUCCUCUGUGGGGUUCAGGAAGGGAGGAACACCAUUGAAAAGCGUGCAUGAGCUCCAAACCACCGUCGGACAAGCGCAGAGUGGUGGAAGCUGACAUUGUCCAACACAGUGACAAAGUUCGUCAGCUCUGGCCCUUCCAGCACUUUCUCUUCUGGGGGUAUAAGACUUUCAUACAUUGAAUCUGGGAACGCCAGCAGCCGUGCUGUGUUAUAUGGGCCUUUGGUGGUUCAGUAGUAUAUAUGUUUAUAUUACAGUACAGCACAGUAAAGAAUGCAGUGAAUGACUGACUUGUUCAUCCUGAUACUGCAUCUCCUUUAUCCGCUCACAUGACACCCUGUACACUUGUUUCAUUUUAAUUAGGUUUCUCUUUAUGACUCGGUCAAUAGCUGCCAAACUAACACAGUUAAUAUUUGGAAAUAUAUCAUUGUUCUGAAUGACCCUGCCCUGAAUGUCUUUUAGAUGGAUGGCAUUGUUUGCAAUGCCCAUGUCCACAAUUUCAGUCUCCUGUUUUGUGAAGAGUCGUCCUCUGCCACCAAAUAGAGGUUUUCUAUCAAUUCGAAAAAUGGAUGAAAUGUUGACAAAUAUAAAUAAACUUUUUCUCGAUCGCUUACAGUACAGACAGUACAGAGG